AUGGGUCCCAAGGGACAAAGGGACUCAGCCGAGUCAGGGCCGCCGCACGAUGGGUGGACCGCGGCCCGUCUUCAGGACCGAUACUUCCCCAAAACCGGGGUCAGCGAAGACCACCCUCGGCACAGCAUCCCCGUUUCCCACGUCUCCGGCUGCAAGAAGGAUUCCUGGAGUUUUUCUGCCACCUGCUGGAUGUGUCUGGCCGUGCAGAAGUUAUCAGACGCGUGUAUCUGUGCGUGCCUGGAAGAGGGCAUCUCUCAGUACCGAAGCGGGCUCGGCUUCCCCCUGGAUGGGUCAAGCGAGGAAAUCCCAAAUCGUAGGAAAUCCAGUGGAAUCCCCCAGGAAUUCAGUAGCCAAGAGCUUCUGUGGUGCUCCGGGAAAAAUGCUCAAACUCACCCGGAAAGCGACCAGGCGCAGGGCAAAGCUGGACGCCGCCGUCACACGCCUCCGGAAAAGGGGAGGGAGCACACGAGACGCCGCGUCGCCAAUCGGAGCCCAGCGCGCGCGCUUUGUCUCAAAGAGCACGAGGGAGAGAAGCUCGCCGUCUUCCUCCGAGAGCGGGAAGGCGGAGCCCCUGGGGAGAAAAAAAUAGUCCCGAUAUUUUCCUUCCCGGACGCGCUUCGGCUGCCUCGGCUUCGGGGACCGGUGGCGCUGCCGGACUCCGAGCGGAAGGAGCCUUUCUCCGAAAGGCGCAAAAGGCGGCGGCGGCGGCCGGUUCCACUCCCUCUGUAUGGCCAAGCGAAGCCCCAGCUGCCUCAGGCAGAGCUACCAGGAGAAGGGGACAGGGUUGGGCGUGGCCGACAAAGAAGGGGACCUAUUGACCCCAGAUCACAAGAACUUCAUAUUUCCGCUGGCUUUCAAGAAAUGACUUUGGGAGAAAGAGGUGGGCACCGCAGAGAGUACCAUGACCUUGGUGUCAACACCCGUCAGUUGAUGGAACAUGUUAGAGAAUCCAAAACAGGUGUGUCAGGGACUUUAAUAAAAUUAAGUGCCAACUACUUUCGGCUGACUUCUCGCCCGCAGUGGGCUUUGUACCAGUACCACAUUGACUACAACCCACAGAUGGAAGCCCGACGUCUUCGUGCAGCCUUGCUGUUCCAACACGAGGAUUUAAUUGGCAGGACACAUGCUUUUGAUGGCACCAUUUUGUUUUUACCGAAGAAGCUGGAAAAUAAGGUUACAGAGGUGGUCAGCCAGACACGGCAAGGAGAGAUUGUGAAGAUUACCAUCACAUUAACCAACGAGCUUCCAACAACUUCACCAACUUGCCUGCAGUUUUACAACAUUAUUUUUAAAAGAUUGUUGAAAAUAAUGAACUUACAGCAGAUUGGACGAAAUUAUUACAACCCAAGUGACCCGAUCAGUAUCCCUAAGCACAGGCUGAUGAUUUGGCCCGGCUUUACCACUUCCAUUCUGCAGUACGAGACGAGCAUCAUGCUGUGCACGGACGUGACCCACAAGGUUCUCAGAAGCGAGACCGUUCUGGAUUUUAUGUACACCAUGUACGGACAAGUCGGGGAACAGCAGUUCCAGGAAGUCUGCAUGAAAGAGCUCAUCGGUCUGAUUGUCCUUACCCGCUACAACAACAAAACAUACCGGGUGGACGACAUCAGUUGGGAUUCCAACCCGCAAGACGUCUUCAGAAAGGCUGACGGAACUCAGAUCAGCUUUGUGGACUACUACAAGAUGCAAUACAACCAAGAGAUCAGCGACUUGAAUCAGCCCGUUUUGAUUAGUCAGCCGAAGAAGAAGAGAGGCCCAGGAGGUGUCUUGACAGGACCGGUGAUACUUAUCCCUGAACUCUGCUAUCUUACAGGCCUGACUGAUAAGAUGCGAAGCGAUUUUAAUGUAAUGAAAGAUUUGUCUGUUCACACGAGGCUUGCGCCAGAACAAAGAAUGCGUGAAGUUGGACAGCUCAUCAGUUACAUUAAUAAAGAUGACAGCGUUCAGAAAGAGCUACGAGAUUGGGGACUAAGCUUUGAACCUAACUUGCUUUCCUUUUCGGGGAGAGUGGUCCAAUCCGAAAAGAUCCAUCAGGGAGGGAAAGUGUUUGACUACAAUCCGCACCUCGCAGAUUGGUCCAAAGAAACGAGGGGAACGCCUCUUACCAGCGUAAAGCCAUUAGAUAACUGGCUGCUGAUAUACACUCGCCGGAAUUACGAUGCUGCCAACGCCUUGGUCCAAAAUCUUUUCAAAGUCACACCAGCGAUGGGCAUAAGAAUGAACAAAGCCAUAAUGGUUGAAGUCGAGGACAGAACAGAGGCGUACUUGAGAACCUUGAAGCAGAAGAUCGUCUCCGAUACCCAGAUGGUGGUCUGUCUCCUGUCCAGUAACCGUAAAGACAAAUACGACGCAAUCAAGAAAUACUUGUGUACUGACUGUCCCACUCCAAGCCAGUGUGUCCUUGCGCGCACAUUGAGCAAGCCUCAAACCUUGAUGGCCAUAGCCACGAAAAUUGCCUUACAGAUGAACUGUAAGAUGGGGGGCGAGCUCUGGAGUGUUGAAAUCCCACUGAGACAACUCAUGAUUGUGGGAAUCGACUGUUACCAUGACACCAUUGCUGGGCGGCGAUCGAUUGCAGGAUUUGUCGCUAGCUUGAAUCAGGGCAUGACCCGCUGGUAUUCACGCUGUGUGCUUCAAGAUCGCGGACAGGAACUUGUGGAUGGACUCAAAGUUUGCUUACAAGGGGCCCUAAGGACUUGGUAUACCUACAACAACCACAUGCCUUCUCGUAUCAUUGUGUACCGGGACGGUGUGGGCGAUGGCCAGCUAAAAACCUUGGUGAGCUAUGAAGUCCCACAGUUUUUGGAGUGUUUGAAAACAGUUGGGAAAGACUAUAGCCCCAAACUAACGGUGAUAGUGGUAAAGAAGCGUGUGAACAACAGAUUUUUUGCCCAAAUUGAUGGAAGACUGGACAAUCCACCCCCUGGCACAGUGAUUGAUGUAGAAGUUACCAGACCAGAGUGGUACGACUUCUUCAUUGUGAGUCAGUCGGUGAGAAGUGGCACAGUUUCACCCACACAUUACAACGUAAUCUAUGACAGCAGUGCGCUGAAGCCUGACCACAUGCAGCGGCUAACGUACAAGCUGUGCCACAUGUAUUACAAUUGGCCGGGAGUCAUUAGAGUGCCUGCCCCGUGCCAGUAUGCUCAUAAGCUAGCUUUCCUCGUGGGUCAAAGUAUCCACAGAGAGCCGAACUUAAUCCUCUCAGAGAAUCUGUAUUAUCUGUGAGUCUGGAAGAGGAGGUGGUGUAACGGAUGGGAAGGAGAAUUUGGACCAGAAGGAGAUUUUUUGUAAAAAAACA